UGUGGGUUAAAGGAUGUAGCGUGGCAGUGCUGAGAACGGGAGGGCAUGUAGACCGUUUGCACUGCAACCAUCUUUGAGAUGCGUGCUUUAGUUCAACAGUGAUAAACAUGUAGAGAGGUUACCCCAGAGUAGACCUCUUAUGCCCUCAUUAAUGAAUUGACAUAACAAAACAUACUUCAAAAAUAGGACUGCUAAAAGCAAUCAAUCUUUACACGCUAAUCGCUUAAUUGGUUUUUUUUUAAUGUCUUUAAGGCAUGCGUUUCUUCCAUAAAAUGUAAUUGCUAUUUAAAUUCCGAUUAUUGUGACGACAUGGUUGUAAAUUUACAAGGCACUCCCGGAGACAAAGACUGUGUUGAGACCAUUGAUGUCAAAACUUGUUUCGCCCCAAAUAUUUAUGAGCUGGUCAUUUCUUGCAAACGGUCAUAAAAGUUGGACUUCGAUCAUGUAUAUUUCUGUGCAACGAUAAUUUGGGGGUAAUAAGUAAACAUGCACAACCCCCUUAUCGCUUAUAGUGGCAGAUAUCAAUGGCUACAUCCACAAAGUUACGCCAGCCCACUGACAGAUUAUCUCCGUUGUUAUUAGCAUUUGUGACUUAUCUUGGAAUAAAAUACCACAACCGUUUGCCUUUCAUCAGCUUUCUUUGGAACUAAACAAUAAAUAAAAGCACAUUACGAGUGAAGAAACAUUUACGGAUACAUACACUAAGUAACAGUGCAUGGGAAUGGAUUUUUAGCGAAGGAAAUUUUGUGACGAACAGCUACAAACUGUGAAUGACAACACCACAUCUGAUAGUUGAACUUCAUAAACGAAUCGUUGAAGUUGGCAUCAAUUCUCUACUGUAGUUAUCGGGUAAAAAGCACAACUGACAUAAAGCAACGCAAUGGAAUCCAUUCGCGAACCGGUACCCUCUUGUCUCGACCCGCAACGACGAUACCAAAGUAUGUUGGCAACGGUCAGUCUUCUCAAUCAGGCGCGGAAGAGAAGACGAAGAAAUCUAGCAACUUCCCUUCAACUUCCCAACCCGCUCGAUACGUCAUCAUCAUCAUCCAUAAUUACGCCAUCCCAGGACAAAAGACCAUCUCUCGACAGCAGAAACCCUACCGAAAAUGCUAAAACCAAAUGGCAGACGGCAGUGGGUAAAAUCAGGAGCAACUCCAACGGUUUUGAGCAAGAAGGUGCUGAUGGACUGAGAACUCCUGCCAAAGACGCAACAGCCGUCGGCAUGACGACAGCCGACAUGGCCUUGAGAAGACAAAACUUUAGGAAGUGGAGAAAUGACAGAAAGAAAGCACUCUACCACACGUUCCGUCGAGUUGCUUGGCUUGCUAUCUUGGUCCGACGUAUAUGCCGUAUGCACUACAUCGAAGCCAGCGACACGGCUGACCUUUCAUUCGCCCAGGUAUCUUCGUCACGUGACAGCAUUGACGUCAUGUUUGACGUCACACAAUUCAAAGCAAAGAAACAGAAACUGCUCUCUCAAGAGGCCAGGAGAAUACUUCAGACCCCGCCCGAGGAACGAACUCCACAAGAUAUACAUUACUUGCAAAUUGCAAUCCGUGCGUUGAAAGCUAUUGCAGCAUACCCUGUACGCAUGCAGAAGAGUCUGGCAGCGGUGAGUUGGUGUGAGGCCUACGGACCAACCCGCGUCAUUGUAAGGGAAGGACAUAAACCACGAUCGUUCUACUUCAUAUAUUCUGGUUCAGUCGUGGUAACAGUGAUGGAACCGGGCAGAUUAACACAACGCACCGUAGCCAUCUUGAAAAGAGGAGACAGCUUUGGUGAGUUGGCGAUAUUAAAUGAUGGCAAACGAACUUCUACCGUCACAGCCCGCGAAGAUCUACAACUUCUCGUCAUUUCAGCUCAGGAUUUUAUGAAGAUCUUUAUGUCAGGAGGAGUGAAAAGACUUACCGACCCGGACCAUUUAGCCUUCAUAAGAAGCAUUGAUUUCUUGAAAGGGUGGCCGAUACAAAUGUUGGAUCUACAUCCAAAACAAUGCGUCUUCAAUUUCUUCAGGAGAGACACAGUUCUGGUGAGGGACAGCAAAUAUUCCGACUGGAUCUACAUAGUGAAAUCGGGAAGUUGUUCGGUCGUGAUGAGACUCAGCAAGGCCAACGCCGAUAAGAAUUCCUCUAGGCAUGUAACAAAGACAGAAGCAAAACUGAGUGCAGUCCUGAGCAGCUGCGAGCAUGGCGCCCAUUACGUUACACCAUCCCGUCACGAAGCUAGGCUCGUCAGGAAGGAGAACUCGUUCCUUCGCAAGAAGGUGCGCCUCCUACAAAGGACCAGACCAUCCCUGGUUCACCGUGGGCUGGACCUGCCGCUACUGAGGCAACCAGACGGGGAGCACGGCCACGCGGACGUGGAGACGACUGAGAUGGAGACUAAAGUGUUAAGGAGAAUCAUGCAGGCAUCAAUAACGGAAGAUGGAGGAGAUUUGAGAGGAAGAAAUGAAAAGAGGAGCAUCAAAGAUGAGACGGAGACAGCACUUGAAAUAGAGAAAGAUGCAACAGAUGAUGUAGAAGAUGAACACCAGAGGGCGCUCUACGGACCUCGUCGCACAUUUGCAGAUGAUCUGAACGCCCAUCUAGUUAAGCCAGUUUCGAGCUACGAUUCAGAUGCAUCGCCUGUAUUUGUCUGUGUCCGAAUACUGGUCAAAGGAGGCGCUUUCGGAUUGUCGGAGCUUAUGUUCAGUGAUCAACCCAGUGUGAGUCUGAUAAGUAAUGGAGCGGAAUGUGUGGUCAUCUCCAAGCAGUUUUUUCUUGAACACGCGCCAGAGCACCUCAUCCAUCAAACCAGACUAAAGGUUACACCGUAUGGCAGCGUAGACGAACUCCAGGGCAACUUCGAGAAAGAGCUCACAUGGAAACAUUAUCGGGACGCCACGCUGCGAAAAACAGUCAACAAACUUCGGUCAGAGAGGGCGGCAUUGAAUAAACUAAGUCACUCGUUCUAGCAUUAUUUAACUUGCAUGGGAGAACUUCCAAUAAUCAGUGUUCAUACUCCUCUCGGUUUAGCUCGAUGUUGGCAAGAGUCCACACCGACAUGUUAAUGUUUUGUUAUUGGUCAUUGGUUGAGCGUUUUCGUGACUUCGGUUGGCUGGAGUGACGUCACUGUUCCGACCAAAACCGAACCAAGGCCAAGUGUCGGUUACGGAGUGCAUUUCAAGAUGGCGGAAAGAUAAAUACACGAUAUCAACCUCGUCUUCAGUGUUUACUUUAUUUCCAACCUCGUUUCCAAUAGUAAGCCCUGGAUAUAGGAAACUUUCUUCCUGUAUCCUGAUUCGAUACUGCAAUUUGCUAUUAAUGCAUUUAUAUCGUGUAGGCUACUUGGUGUUGUUAUUUUCAACGUGUACUACGUGUUUUCACGAUCAAUGUAAUUAUAACGUCCACGCCUUAUCAAAAAUACUCUUUUCUUUUCCAAUUUGCUCAUAUUAAUAUAAAAUGCGACACUUUAGAAUUUUUACUUUGAAAACAAUCGUGUUUUCGUAACUCAGCUCACGGCGCGAAGAAUGGAUGCUGUUUUUACCCCAGACACCGCAUACAAAAACAAACGCCAAUG